AUUGAAACUUCAGUUCUAGAUCCUUUUUUGGUCGUCGUCAGACAGAACUAAGAAUCCAUGGCGACUCGCUCGCUCUUCCAUACUCUUAGAUGUCGAUUGACGAAUAAUAAUGGUGCUGUCGGAAGCAAUUUCAUUCGGAACGCCGAAUCGUCGCGAUUCUCGAAACCGUACAGUGCUGACGCAGCAAUCGGAGGCUCACUAGUCGAUGAAUCUUUGGAAUCGGAGGAGAAAGACGAUCUGAGGAGCCGGAUUUUCAGAUUGAGGCUUCCGAAACGAAGCGCGACUACUGUUCUCGAGAAAUGGGUUGGUGAAGGGAAUCAGAUUACUGUCAAUGAACUUCGAGACAUUUCCAAAGAGCUUAGGAGAACUCGGCGUUACAAACACGCUCUUGAGGUUACAGAGUGGAUGGUUCAGAAUGAAGAAUCUAAGAUCUCUGAUGCUGAUUACGCCUCGCGCAUUGAUCUGAUUUCGAAAGUUUUCGGAAUCGAUGCAGCUGAACGCUACUUUGAAGGUCUGCAUAUAGAUUCAAAGACAACUGAAACCUAUACAUCUCUCCUUCAUGCUUAUGCUGGCUCCAAACAAACCGAACGAGCUGAGGCCUUGUUUAGGAGAAUCAUAGAGACUGAUAGUCUCAAUUUCGGUGCUAUCACAUAUAACGAGAUGAUGACUUUAUACAUGUCAGUCGGUCAAGUUGAGAAAGUACCUGCGGUUAUCCAAGUGCUUAAGCACAAAAAGGUUUCUCCAGAUAUUUUUACUUACAACCUGUGGCUAAGUUCAUGUGCUGCAACCUUUAACAUUGAUGAGCUGAAAAUGAUUCUUGAAGAGAUGAGGCAUGAUGCUAAUUCCAGUGAGGGUUGGGUUCGAUAUAUCGAUCUUACUAGCAUCUACAUAAACAGUAGUAGACUAACUAAUGCUGAGUCUACCUCACCCGUCGAAGCUGAGAAAUCUAUUUCGCAAAGGGAAUGGGUCACAUAUGACUUCCUUGUGAUUCUGCACACUGGAUUAGGAAACAAGGAUAUGAUAGAUCAGAUUUGGAAGUCUCUGAGAAACACUAAUCAGAAAUUGAGCAGCAGAAGCUACAUUUGUGUUCUUUCAUCUUAUCUAAUGCUUGGUCAAUUAAGAGAAGCAGGGGAAGUUAUCGAUCAAUGGAAGGAUUCUAAGAAGACAGAUUUUGAUUCUUCAGCUUGCUCGAGGAUUGUGAAUGCUUUUCGAGAUGUCGGGUUAGAGGAAAAAGCCAGCGACUUUCACUUGCUCUUGGUGCAAAAGAAAUGUAGCUUGGAAACUGAGGUAUCAUAAGAUUGGGUCUCUGAGAAAGGAGUAAAAAUUUAUGCUCUUGGCAAGAAUCAGAUCAAGCUCAUCAUUUAGGGUGGGUGAAUAAAAUAGAGGUUUCUUCUCUACACUAUGAUUUUUACUUAUCUAUUGUUCUUCACGCCGGAGGUCAUGAGACUCAUAGAUUUUCUCACCAAAAGAUUUUUGCCUACGAUUUUGUUAAUGGCCUAUAUACAUUGGCGUUAGGCCAGGUCCAUGAUCUUUCAUAUAGUAUGUCAAAUUUCAAAAAUUUCCAAAGUUUUACAAGAAGACAUGAUGUGCAAGGCAUUUUUUUGUAUGUUUGUUUAAAUUAUGAUUAAUGUAGCAUAUUCGUAAC